AUUUGAAGAUUGGUAAUGGCAGAUAGGAGACUUGAAAGUCUCUAGGUGGGGCCCAGAGAGUCUGGGCCUUUGUGUCUAGAUCUCCAAAACGAUGUACCAUAUGGCACAGUGAAUAGUUCAAAUCCAUCCUCAGACACUUAUUAGGUGUAUGACCUGGGUAUUUCACUUAACUUCUGCUUGCCUCAGUUUCCUUCCCUGUAAUUUGGGGAUAUAAUAGCACCUGACUCCCAGAGAUGUUGUGAGGAUUAAAUAAGAUAAAACACUUUGUAAACUUUAAUAUGCUAUAUAUACACUAGGCAUUAUUGUUGCUGUCUGAUAUGACUUCUAAAACGCCUUCUAGCUCUUAAUUUUUAUGCUUCUCUGAUUUUUCAUGCAUAAGAAUUUUCAAUUAAGAGGAUAAGCCUAGGGCUAGAAGUGAGUCAACCUAGAUUCUGGACCUGGUUUUGCCAAUUAGCUAAGAUCUGUGCUUCAUUUCCUUGCCUGACAAAUGGGGAUAAUAAUCCCUGCCUCAGCAGCCAUACAGGCUGUAGAAAGAUAAUGUGAUUGCAUCAUGAAAUCUUUGGCUUUUGUAGUGGAAUGAAUCCCAGAGGAUCAAGGAAGUGAAGAUGUUUUGAGUGGCUGAUAGCAUUAUACACCCUUAUCAUAAAAAUUAUUUAGAGGAAUUGACUCUAAAUAGUGUUGCAUCUAAGCAGCAACCUUCCUUUUCAGAUAAUAUGGAACGUUUCUCUCAGACCUUAAGAGCAGUUAUGAAUUGUCUUGAAUUUCAUCAAAGGAAUCCAGGCUCUCAGACUGGAAGGGGUGUCAGGGGCCAUCUAGGCCAAUCCUUUUCUUUUAUAGAUAAGAAACUCAGGGCUAAUUAAUGGACCUAAGGACACAGGAAUAAUGUAUCAGAGGUAAGAUUUGGUGUGACAACGAAUAGGAGACAAAGCAAGGACCUGGACCAAUUUCCCAUUUGUACACUUAUAGGAUUAAUUAAGACUAAUUUCUUUCUCCUGGAGGCUUAACUGUUUGUAAAGCACUUUCUAUACAUAUCCUCAACUCAAAGGGGGAGAAGGAAAGGACAAAGAGAAAGAGUGGGCCUAUAUUCAACUAAUGAGACAAUAGAGUAUGCAUGCAAUAGAUCCUGGAAAUCCUGCAAAAAUGUCCUGGAAAAAGAAAGGAAGAAAGAGAUAAAGAAGGAAAGAAAGAAAAAGGAAAAGGAAGGAAAGAAAGAAAGAGGAAGAGGGAGAAAGAAAGGAAGGAGGAAGGAAAGGAAAGAAAGGAAGGAUGGAGGAAGAAAGAUAAAGAAAAGAGGAAAGAAAGAAAAAGAAAAGAGGAAGGGAAGAAAAGAAAGAGGGAAGGAAAGGAAAGAAAAUGGAAUGGAAGGGAAGGAGGCAGGGAAGGAAAAAAGAAAAGGACUGAAGGAAAAAAAGAAAAAUUAGAUAGAGAAAGAGAGAAAAAGAAAGAGAGAGAGAGAGAGAGAGAGAGAGAAUGAGAAUUCUUUAGAAAAAUCUCAUUUGAAUCUCACCACAACCCCCCUCUAAGGCAAGUUAUUGUCUCCAUUUUAAAGAUGAGGCAAUUGAGGCUGAAAGAAGUGAAUUAACUUGCUCAUAGUCACUAUGCAAUUAAGUGUUGAAGACAAGAUUCACACCUAUGUGCCUGACUUUAAAUCAAGCCCUGUAUUCUUUUUUCCUGGCCUUAGAAAAAGAAAUAAAAUAUUGAUCUUUUAUAAAAGGAAAAACUGAUGGUUUGAAGAGUUAUUGAUUUUUUUUAUCUCUGGUUUUUCCACAGGAGUUUGAAUCAAAGAAAACAUGCUGACUCAAGCCUCCUUUCAGUCACUGUUGCUUCUUUUACUUUAUUUGGUGUCUGGAUAUGGUCAAGAUGGGGGAUUCAGUGGACCUUUGAAACCCAUGACAUUUUCUAUAUUUGAAGGAGAAGAAAAAAGCAACCAAAUUAUAUUUCAGUUUAAGUCUGAUGCUACCAAUGUGAAAUUUCAAUUAAGUGGUGAAACAGAUGAUACUUUUUAUAUCCAUCCAGAUGGAAUAUUAUAUUAUUCUGGAAUCCUGGAUAGAGAAAAGAAAGCUGUCCAUAAACUCCAGGUAGAAGUCUUGGAUGCUGGAGGGAGACGAAUAGAAGGCCCAGUUCCUAUCACAAUUGAAAUUAAGGACAUUAAUGACAACCGUCCUAUCUUUCUCCAAAAAUAUUACAAUGGAAGUGUAAGGCAGAGUUCACGUCCAGGAAAACCCUUCAUGUAUGUCAAAGCUACAGACCAGGAUGAUCCUGCCACUCCCCAUGCCCAACUUUUUUAUCGAAUUGCUGUCCAGCUUCCCAAGAUAAACAAUGUGAUGUAUUUUCAGAUAAAUAACCAAACAGGUGGAAUCUCCCUUACCUUAGAAGGAUCAAAGGAAUUAGAUCCAUUGAAGAAUGCGCAUUAUGACCUGGUGGUUUCUGUGAUGGAUAUGGGAGGUCAGUCAGAAAAUUCUUUCAGCGAUACAGUAUCUGUGAAUAUCAUUGUGGAAGAAAACAUUUGGAAAGCACCAGGGCCUGUCACCAUUAAGGAAAAUUCUACUGAGCCUCAUCCUCUCCCAAUUACUCAGGUGCAAUGGAAUGAACCUGGGGCUCACUAUUCCUUAGUUGAAAAGGAGAAGCUACUUCGAUUCCCAUUUUCCAUUGACCAUAAUGGAAUUAUUUAUGUGACUCAACCCUUGGAUAGAGAAGAAAAGGAAUCGUAUGUCUUCUAUGCAGCUGCAAAGGAAGAUAAUGGACAGUUACUAGCAAAACCACUGGAAAUUCAUGUUGCAGUUGAAGACAUUAAUGACAAUCCCCCUAUUUGCCCCGCUUCAGAGACAAUAUUUGAAGUCCAGGAGAAUGAGAAAAUAGGUAACAAUAUUGGAGUUUUCUAUGCCUAUGACAUGGAUCAAAAUGGCACUUAUAAUAGUUUUUUACAGUACAAAAUUGUGGAUCAGAGUCCUUUGCUUCCAAGUAACGAUCUCUUUCUUAUACAACCGGUUGAUGGAAUUAUCCAGCUAGGCAAAACAUCUUUAAAAAAGCAAGACACACCUCAGUAUCAUUUGAAAGUUCAAGUGUCAGAUCCAGCUUUCACAACAAUCUGUGAUGUGACAAUAAACGUUAUUGAUAUCAAUGACCAGAUCCCCAUUUUUGAAAAAAAUGAUUAUGGCAAUCUUACUAUUGAUGAAAACAUUGCUGUUGGAACAACAAUUCUCACCAUCCAGGCCACAGAUGCAGAUGAACCAUUUACUGGGAGUUCCAAAAUCCUAUAUAGCUUUACUAAUGAAGACUUUGAUGGAAAACUUGUGAUUGAUACUGAUCCCAUUACCAAUGCAGGAUAUGUCAAGAUAAAUAAGCCUCUUGAUUUCGAAACGAUGCCAGUAUACAAUCUCAUAAUCAAAGCUGAAAAUCCUGAGCCACUUGUUCGGAGUGUAUAUUACAAUGAAAGUUCCUAUGCAAAAUUUAUUCUUAUGGUGUCAGAUGUCAAUGAAGCUCCUGUAUUCUCCCAGGCAUUGUACCAAGCACAAAUAUCUGAAAAUGCUGAAAUAAACACCAAACUGAUUACAAUAAAUGCCACUGAUCCUGAGGGAGAGGCAAUAAGUUACUCCCUGAGUGGGGACACCCGAGGCUGGCUGAGAAUUGAUGGAGUCACUGGUGAGAUCUUUACCAUGAGAUCCUUGGACAGAGAAACUGAAAAAUACUAUCAAGUGAAAGUAAUAGCCACUGAGAAAGGUGGAUCCCAUCUGACUUCCUCAGUAUAUUUCCACUUAGCCCUUCUGGAUGUAAAUGACAACCCUCCUCGAUUAGUGAAAGACUACACUGGUUUAUUCUUGUGCUAUCCACUUUCUAAACCAGGAAGUGUCAUUAUUGAAGCUACUGAUGAUGAUCAGCAACCAGCUUGGGGUCCACGAUUUGAUUUUUCCCUUGGCAAUAACAAGUUGCAGAAUGAUUGGGAAAUUUCCAAAAUCAAUGGCACCCAUGCUAAAGUUUCCACAAAACAUACAAAUUUCCAAGAGAAAGUAUAUGAAGUUUCAGUAAAAAUUAAUGAUGGUGGAAAACCACCCUUAGAAAACACUGUCUCUUUCCCAGUCAUUAUAUGCAAGUGUGCUAAUGAUGGAUGGUGCUACCAGGAACCAGAUUCUUUUUCUGGGAUGCCCACCGUGGCCAUGGCAGUUGGCACAUUCCUAGUAACGUUCUUGGUCAUUGGUGCGAUUUUAACAGCUACAUUUAUCCAUUUGAAGAAAAAGAACAAAAAUUCUAAACUUGCUCAGUCACCUGAAAAUGUACCACUAAGGAUAUGAUUUUGGAGGAUGGAUUUUUAAUCUAACUACAAGAUGUAUAUUUUACUAGCAUGACUUUUUGUUUCACCAUUGUGUUUUUGGAAAAAAUGCAAACAUUUAGGUCUAUAUCUAUUCUUUCAGAUUUUUGACAGAAAUUUCCUCUCACCUAAUCUUUACUUACUUUAAAAAUAUUAUACAUGCACAUACUUUCCAUUCUUCCAUAACAUAUGCUGCUUCUGUAUUGCCUUUUCUUAUUUAUCCAAGAGCACUUAGACCCAAGAGGCCUGGUUCUGUAGUGGAAAGAGUACAAAGUUAAGAGUCAGGAAGAGAUGGUUCAAAUACUGUCUCUAGCAUAAAGCAGUUUAAAUGACAAUGAUCAAGGCAAUUCCCACUGUGAAAAAAAUCACAGAUCCUCAAUUAUUUGUAAUCAGGACUUAAAAAUUGUCAUUUAUUUAAUACCAUUGCAGAAAACAAUACAAUCUCUCCCCCUUCCCCCCAUAUUCCUUCUCUCUCCCUUCCUCCAUGAACCAUUAUUACAUUUGUAUGGAAAGUUUAUAACAGAAGGAAAAGAGCAAAACUGGGACUUAAAGGGGAUAAUAAAGACUGACCUGCCUUGUGUUGUGAAUAAUAAGAAAUUCAAAGUCAUUAGUUUUUUUAUUCCCCUCAGCAUGAUUUGCUAGAUUUCCCGGUUUUAAAAUGGUCUGAACCUGGUAUUUUUAACUUGCAGCUUUCCUAUAUUUUAGCCAUGGUUCAUGGUGUAGAAGUUCAACAAUUAACAUUCCUUUUACAAGUAUAUCAUUGUCAUCUUGGACUACUAGUUUCCAACUUUGUGUGCUUCUUGUAUGUGUAUUUUAAGAGAGUUUUGGUGGUGUGUGGUGUUUUUUUUUCAUUUUUUUCUAUGUAAGAAAAAAAAAAAACCUGAAGAAGUAUUGAUGUGAAAAAUAAAAGUAAAAUUGUCUUGUA